UCUCUAGGGCGUCCCACAGGCCCCAGGCAGGGGGGUUGCUCAGUGGCUGUCGAAGCUGAUUGGCCGGUCAAGCGAGGGGAGCAGAGGCCGGAAAAGCAAGAGCUCAGAGUCCCGGAGGGGACCUGCCGCCCGGGUGGGCCUCGCCAGAGUCAUUGGAGAGAGCGGCGGUCAUGGACGGGUCUGGGGAGCAGUGCAGAGGCGGAGGGCCCACCAGCUCUGAGCAGAUCAUGGAGACAGCGGGCGUUUUGCUUCGGCGUUUCAUCUGCGAUCAAAUAGGACCAGCCACAAAAUAUGUAGCUCAGCUGGCACUAGAGCAGGUGGCCCAGGACCCACACAUCAAAGAACUGGUGAAAGUUCUCAAGCGCAAGGCAAAAGAGGUGCACAAGGACAAGAAGCUGCAGAGGUUGUUAGAAACUCUCAGAGGCUUCACUGCUGGCAAAUUUUAUGAAGUGGCACGCCAAAUAUUUUCAGAUGGCAUCUCCUGGGGCAAAAUUGUCACCCUUUUCUGCUUUGCCAGCAAACUGGUGCUCAAGGCUCUGGACAGCAUGCGGGAGCUGAUCACCAGCAUCAUGGACUGGACGCUGGACUUCAUUCGAAAGCGACUGCUGCCCUGGAUCCAGGAACAGGGUGGCUGGGACGGCCUCCUCUCACGAUACAGUAAUCAUAUCAAGUGGCUCGCAGUGGCAAUGGCCAUCAUCGCAGUGGCAGUGGCCAUCAUCGCAGUGGCAGUGGACUUCACUCCAAAGCAACAGCUGCACUGGCCCUGGUCCUGGAUCGCAGAACUUGCUGGCUGGGACGGCCUCCUCUCACAACAGAGUAAUCAAAUCAAGUGGCUCUCAGUGGCAGUGGCCAUCAUGGCAGUGACAGUGGCCACCAUCGCAGUGGCAGUGGAUUUCAUUCGAGAGCAAAAGCUGCCCGGGACCUAGGAUCGUGGUGUCUGGGAUGGCCUCCUCGCGAAACAUGGAGAAACACUCAAGUGGACGGCAGUAGCAAUGGCCAUCGGGACCGGACUGCUUGCCUUAGCCCGACUCCGGCAAACUUAGGCUGAGGCCCCAGCUGCCUUCAUCUCUGUCUUCUCAGCAUGAAUAUGGCAUGUUUCCAUGAAGGCUGAGGCUAGAGGCCCAUCCUUCCUUUUUUAUUGCCACCCCUUCUGCCUGUUGCUUCCCUCUACUCCAAAUCAUUCAAGCUUCGCAGGGAGAACCCCCAACUCUCAUUUUUCUUACUUUUGGAAUUAUUGGGCGAUUGGGGUCAUCUGGGGUAAUAAAACUUCAGGCCACACUUCCUGUCUGUGUCAUUCGGCUCACUCCCUGGUUGGUUCCAUCUCUUUA